GAUCCUCGAACUAUACCAACAUUGGUGCCAGAGCAGGAGACGCCAGCCUUGACAGAUCGUAACCAAAACGUUCGACGCUGUUAUCCUGAAUUUGAGUCCUCGUUUUAUAUACCCCACGGUCUCGGGCCCUGGUCCUAACACGUUCGGACCUGUCGAUACCCACAGGAUGGCGGUCACCAAAUUGCUCUCGCUCCUGGAAUGAGCGAGCUCAAAUCGCCCAGGCCUUACUCGACACCAUGAUCCCUCUAUAUGAUGCGACCAGUAGACGACUUAAGAAUCUUACGUACGGCCAAAAUGGACAUAUGCUCUCUUCCAUUGCAUUGCAUGAUUUAAUCGCCGGAAAUCAAGACAACAAUGCCAUCCUCAAUUUUGGAUGUAUUAGAUGUCCUGAUGUCGCCAGCGAAACGCUGUCGUGGGCUCUUGCGGCGAUAAAUGCAUAUCGUGCAUAUAGGAGAGACCUAUUCCUCAGUACUGCGGCUGCCGUCUGGAACCAGAUCAACGACGGGUGUGUCAUUACGGCUGAUGAUGCAUCCAAGGGAUCGCAUCCUAUCAAGACUGUCACAUUGCCGGCGCAAUGCAAUGGCACAUCAGUUGUAGGCGGCGUCUUCCUGUAUGGAACAAAUCCGACGAACUUGGGGGUUAAUAUCCAUACAAUUGGGGCUUUCAUGACCCUAUCGUCACUCCUUUUCGAAGCAACGGGCAAUGGCACUUACUCAGACAGUGCCGGACAAUCGUUUGAGUUCAUUCGUUCACAUCUUUACGAUGGCAACAUAAUACACGACCGCAUCGACCUCGCUACAUGCAUGCAGAUGGACUUGCAGUCGUCCAACUCUGGCUUUGUCAUUGAGGGGCUUAGUGUGUACGCGGAUACGACCAGCAACGGCCCCGCGUCUGACCUCCUGAAGAACUUGAUACCUUCGGCGAUGAAGUACGCACAGUGGACCGGGUCGGAUGGUAUUGUUUUCGAAACCACUAGUGCAACCUCGACGGGGAACAAAGGCACCUACAUUCGCGGGUUACAUGAAGCCUGGUCACGAUUGGAUAAGAAUUCCGACCUAGCCAAACUCAUUCAAAGCUACGUUCUCGUUCAGUACAAUGCAUUGCUUGAUCUUGCGAAAUCACCAAGUGACGACUUUUAUUCACCGGGUUGGGAAGGUCCACAAGCGACUGAGUUGCUUCCAUCGGGUCAAUAUUUCGCCGCAAGUGUUCUGAACUCUGCCCUUUCCAUGACGAACAAUGGCACGGUGACAGGCAGCAGCACAGACAGCCCAUCUGCAACCCAUUCCGGUCUAGCUUCAGAAACCUCUGCAUUACAAUCUCAUCAUAUCAGUACCGGUGUAAUCGUGGGCGCAACAAUUGGCGGUGUCGCAUUCCUCGCCGUAUUGAUGGCAUUCCUCGUGUUUCUGUUCUUACGUCAGCGAAACCCGAGAGGUCGUGGCGUGUUCACCACCGCCAAAGCGAACCAGUCCUUGGAUGGAUGUUAUGAUGCUCUUGAGCCGUCGGAGCCAGUCGCUAUGCAGGUAACUCCUUACCCUUUGACAUCGACUACAUUAGUGUCAAGUUCCCUGCCGCUGAUCAAGGGCAGUACAAACUCUAUAUCUACCCCACCGGCAAGUUCCUCUUCUCGUGUCCAAGAGGAUGUCAACCAGGAGUCCAUACCGGAACUCUUGCAGCGGUUGAAUCGUGCAAUGGCUCAAGUCACUGGUGAUAGCCCCAUUAAUAUACCUUAUGAGAAGUUUCAACCUGUGAGACAUUAGCUGUAUGACAUAUUUAUAUAACAUACUCUAUAUAUAUCCAUUCUUUGGAAAGUCUUUGGAAUCUUUAAUAACACUGUUUGACUUGAGCAGAGUUUGUAGCAUUUAUUGCAGACACAUCUCACUCUAUUUAAGCAUAUUCUUGUUAUUUUCUGUAAAUAUGAAAGACAUUGAUUAUAACCAUUUUAUAAAUUUAUCUUAAUAGC